AUGGAGAAGGUUCAUUUUAGCGAUGAACCGAAGUUUAAUGUAAUUGGUUCCAAUGGCGGAAUGUACGUCCGACGAGGAAGUGCCAUGAAACCCUUGGGUAUCUUAAUAUUACUAACCCUCGGGGUUUAUGUUGAAGGUAGAGGGCUGUGUAAAGGUACCAGUAAGUGUCAUUUGAAAAAUGAAUCAUAUAUUGAAGAAACGAAUGGUCGUUGUUUCCGUGUGACUUGCAAGAAUACGGAUGAGGGCACUGUGGAGGAAUGUGUUCUUGUAGAAUGUGAAUCAGACGAAAAGACAAAUAAUGGUGUUGCGAAUGAAACAAACAAGAUAAGUGAAGAAGCGAAAAGCGAGGAAGGAAGUGAAGCAGAGGAAUCACAAAAGUAUAAAAGAAAGCGUUCAUUGAACGAAAAUGAAGAAGAAAAGACUGAAGGUGACGCUAGUGAAGAAGAGAAAGCCGACGAAAGAAGAAGUGAAAGGGUGAAUGAAAAUGAAGAUGAAAAAACUGAAGGUGACGCUAGUGAAGAAGAGAAGGCCGACGAUCGAAGAAGUGAAAAAGUGAAUGAAAAUGACGAAGAAAAGACUGAAGGAGACGAUAAUGAAGAAGCGAACGCCGACGAACGAAGAAGUGAGGCAAAGGAAUCGAAAAAGAAUAAGAGAAAACGUUCAGUUAACGAAAGUGAAGAAGAAAAAACUGAAGGUGACGCUAGUGAAGAAGAGAAAGCCGACGAUCGAAGAAGUGAAGAAGUGAAUGAAAAUGAAGAAGAAAAGACUGAAGGUGACGGAGAAGAAGAAGAGAAAGGUGACGAACGAAGAAGUGAAGCAGUCAAUGAAAAUGAAGAAGAAAAGACUGAAGGAGACGAUAAUGAAGAAGCGAAAGCCGACGAACGAAGAAGUGAGGCAAAGGAAUCGAAAAAGAAUAAGAGAAAACGUUCAGUUAACGAAAAUGAAGAACAAAAAACUGAAGGUGACGCUAGUGAAGAAGAGAAAGCCGACGAUCGAAGAAGUGAAGAAGUGAAUGAAAAUGAAGAAGAAAGGACUGAAGGUGACGGAGAAGAAGAAGAGAAAGGUGACGAACGAAGAAGUGAAACAGUAAAUGAUAAUGAAGAAGAAAAGACUGAAGGAGACGAUAAUGAAGAAGCGAAAGCCGACGAACGAAGAAAUAAUGCAAAGGAAUCGAAAAAGAAUAAGAGAAAACGUUCAGUUAACGAAAAUGAAGAAGAAAAAACUGAAGGUGACGCUAGUGAAGAAGAGAAGGCCGACGAUCGAAGAAAAGAAGAAGAGAAAGGUGACGAACGAAGAAGUGAAGCAGUCAAUGAAAAUGAAGAAGAAAAGACUGAAGGAGACGAUAAUGAAGAAGCGAAAGCCGACGAACGAAGAAGUAAUGCAAAGGAAUCGAAAAAGAAUAAGAGAAAACGUUCAGUUAACGAAAAUGAAGAAGAAAAGACUGAAGGUGACGCUAGUGAAGAAGAGAAAACCGACGAUCGAAGAAGUGAAACAGUCAAUGAAAAUGAAGAAGAAAAGACUGAAGGAGACGAUAAUGAAGAAGCGAAAGCCGACGAACGAAGAAGUAAUGCAAAGGAAUCGAAAAAGAAUAAGAGAAAACGUUCAGUUAACGAAAAUGAAGAAGAAAAAAAUGAAGGUGACGCUAGUGAAGAAGAGAAGGCCGACGAUCGAAGAAGUGAAGAAGUGAAUGAAAAUGAAGAAGAAAAGACUGAAGGUGACGCUAGUGAAGAAGAGAAAGGUGACGAACGAAGAAGUGAAAGAGUCAAUGAAAAUGAAGAAGAAAAGACUGAAGGAGACGAUAAUGAAGAAGCGAAAGCCGACGAACGAAGAAGUAAUGCAAAGGAAUCGAAAAAGAAUAAGAGAAAACGUUCAGUUAACGAAAAUGAAGAAGAAAAGACUGAAGGUGACGCUAGUGAAGAAGAGAAAGCCGACGAUCGAAGAAGUGAAAGAGUCAAUGAAAAUGAAGAAGAAAAGACUGAAGGAGACGAUAAUGAAGAAGCGAAAGCCGACGAACGAAGAAGUAAUGCAAAGGAAUCGAAAAAGAAUAAGAGAAAACGUUCAGUUAACGAAAAUGAAGAAGAAAAAAUGAAGGUGACGCUAGUGAAGAAGAGAAGGCCGACGAUCGAAGAAGUGAAGAAGUGA